GGAGGACAAGCACCCGCAACUUUUCCCUUUAAAGAAGCGUCAAAGGGAGCGCGGAGUGGUCUUGCAACAGAUGCAGUCUUCCAGCAGCGAGGAUAAGCGGCACCGUCUCCCCACUGCUUCAGUUUUCCGUCGAUACUGAAUUUUGGUGCAACUUGGAGAAAAAAAAGCACAAAAGACACAGAAUUUUUUCUUUCUUUUUAUCUGGAUUUAAAGGCUACCAGUGAAAUCACAACGUUUACUGGUGAGGAUACGCCUCUGUUUCCAAGGAAGAUCCAAAAUGUUCAAAUGUUCUCUCACACAUACACAGUUUAAUUGAGGAAAGGACAUCAUGCUCAUGAAAGCAUCACUAUCAUUCACUUCAAUUUAGCGGGACGUCUUAAUUUCUCAAUAACAGCUUUUCUUAAUCCAGGAUAAAAGCGUAUAUAAGACAUGGGCGACACAAACAUCAGCCACAUGAUAGAAGCUUCAACAGAAACACAGAGCAGUGUCCCAGAUGGCCAGUUGGACCACUACCUGGACGGUUAUGACAUGGACUACGGCAUCCCUCUUGACGAGAUCCCAGACACAACGCAGGGGCAAGCCUUCUUUGUGGCCACCAUCGUUAUUGGUGUUGUCCUUGUGUGCAUCAUGCUUGUUUGUGGGUUGGGAAACUUCAUAUUUAUUGCCACACUGACCCGCUACAAAAAACUCCGCAAUCUCACCAACCUGCUUAUUGCUAAUCUGGCCAUCUCAGACUUUAUCGUGGCGGUGGUGUGCUGUCCCUUCUUGGUGGACUACUAUGUGGUGAAGCAGCUUUCCUGGGAUCAUGGAUUGGUAUUGUGUGCUUCUGUAAAUUAUCUACGUACCGUGUCCCUCUACGUGUCCACAAACGCCCUGCUUGCCAUUGCAUUUGACAGGUACAUGGCUAUAGUCCAUCCUCUGAGGCCUCGAAUGAAGUACCAAACCGCCUACUGCCUUAUAACAGGAGUCUGGAUUGUUCCCAUUCUGAUAUCAAUUCCUUCCGCCUACUUUGCGUCUGAGACCAUGUAUCCUCAUGGCGGCACAACCCCAACCACACACAAAGUCUUCUGUGCUCAGAUAUGGCCGGUGGACCAGCAGGCCUACUAUCGCUCCUACUUCCUGUUUGUGUUUGGCGUGGAGUUUGUUGGGCCUGUUAUUGUCAUGACCAUGUGCUACGCCUGCAUUUCCCGUGAGCUCUGGUUCAAAAAUGUCCCAGGUUUCCAGACGGAGCAGAUAAGGAAGAGGUUGCGUUGUCGGCGCAAGACAGUGAUGGUCCUGAUAGGAAUCCUGACGGCAUACAUCCUGUGCUGGGCACCUUAUUACGGCUUCACCAUCCUGCGAGACUUCCACCCAACACUCAUAUCACGCCACAGAAACUCGCUGGUGGCUUUUUACAUCAUCGAGUGCAUCGCCAUGAGCAACAGCAUGAUCAAUACCUUUUGUUUUGUCAGUGUGAAGAAUAACACGGUUAAGUACCUGAAGAAAAUUGUGCUCCUGCGUUGGAGAUCAACGUAUGUUCCUUCAAAGACCGUGGAUGAAACAGACAUGCGGACCUCCUCCAUGCCUGUAACCGAAGAGAUUGAAUGCAUUCACCUGAGGUGAGGAGAAUGAACUGGAAUUGCAGUCAAUUAUAUUUGGACUGUUUAUAUCUGUAAAACUGGCAGCAUAGAUUUUUGACGUAAAGAUUUAUGGUGGUUGUUUCUUUUUCAUAUUCUAGAUUAAAAAAGUAAUUUUCAUGAAGUGAAAUCAAAGUUCAGCAUACUCUGACAUUGUUGUGGAGUUAUAUUGUAAGUGAUAUGAACAAAAUAAAACAUCUGUAAAAUGAGACUGUAACUUUUGUGGCAUUUAUGGUGUGGAUGUAAACUGCUCAAUGUAAAAUAUUGUUGUAUUUAUAUUCUCUGCGCAACAAUGAAGACACCACUUACGCUAACUGAUUCUACUAUAAUGUGAAUCUUUGUAUAUCUUUUAUCUGUUUAGUUUUUUUAAGGUUUUCAAAAAGAUCAAAUAGCCUGAUACCAUUUGAAACUUAUUGUUUUUUCAUCGAGUUAUUACUCUUCAGUCAUUUAUUACAGACCACCUAGCGAAAAAAUGCCCUAGCCUGUUGAAUGUAUGAACAGCUUUACCUUUUUUGAAAAUAUGUCCUUUACAAUAAAUAUGACAUUGCAUGUUCUUUUGUGUACUAGUCUAUUUUUGUGAGGUUAUGUUGAUAUAC